AGGGGCUGUGAGAGAGGAGCACACCACACACACAGGCACAGACAUGAGCAGGCAUACAGGCUAAACAGAAUACAGCUGUGCUGGGAGAUCCAGCCAGUCCUGGGAAACUGCUUACACAUCAUUUGGAAUUUCUAUCAAAAUCCAGGAAUUAGAGACAAAAAGGGAAUUACUGAAACAAGGAUCUAAUCCAGGUCUCUUGACCAGGCAGAUGGAGAAAUAUAAAGCUCUGGAACGGUUGCUCACGGAGCUAGAAGACUUCCUGAAAAUCCUUGACAAGGAGAAUCUCAGCAGUGCUGCUGUUCUCAAGAAAUCGUUCCUUUCUGAAGUCCUGCAGGUUUAUUUAAAGACUAACAGCAGCUGUGAUGAGGAAUACAUCUACAUGAACAAAGUGCCAGUUCCUGACAAAAACCAAACACAGGCAAAUGGGAUUACAGAUAAUCAUUUUGACUACCCAUGCAAGGACUCGCUAACUAAUGGAUCAACAGGACAAUUUUCUUCACCGCCUCAGAAAAGUCUUCCAGACUUGCCACCACCAAAAAUUAUUCUAGAAAAAACAGCUUCCACAAAUAAGCCAGACUCGCCAGAGGGUUACUAUGAGGAGGCGGAGCCUUAUGAUGCCUCAAUAAAUGGCUUCCUGGUUUCUGACGGAGAGAUCUAUGCCACAAUUAACAUGGAGGAUGGAGAAGCCGUCAGCAGCUCAUACGAGUCCUACGAUGAAGAAGAAAGCAGUAAAGGAAAAUGUGCCGCUCACCAACACCAGUGGCCGUCAACCGAAGCUUCCAUUGAGCUCAUGAAAGAUGCUCUGAUCUGUGCUUUUCUAUGGAGGAAGAAAUGGCUUGGUCAAUGGGCAAAACAGCUUUGUGUUAUUAAGGAGAGCAGAUUACUGUGCUACAAGAGUUCUAAGGAUCACAGUCCCCAGCUUGACAUAAGUUUAAUUGGCUGUGCAGUUACCUACAAGGAUAAGCAGGUCAGGAAAAAGGAGCACAAGCUGAAGAUAACGCCGUCUAAUGCUGACAUGAUUGUGCUGGGAAUGCAAAGCAAGGACCAAGCCGAGCAGUGGCUAAAGGUGAUCCAGGACAUUAGCGGUCUACAGCCUGAAGGGCUUUGUGAAAGCUCCCUGCUCAGUACCGAGUCUCCACGACAAAUUCAUAAUAAGACAGAGGCCACAGAUCGUCACUCUGCAACUUCAGAGAGUGGGAGCAGCACAGAUGGACAUUGCGAGACCCCUGAAGUAAAGGAAGUGAAGAAGAAAGGUAGCGCUGGGCUCAAACUCAGCAACCUCAUGAAUCUUGGGAGGAAAAAGUCCACAUCCUCAGAAUGUACAGAGAAGAACAUAGAGACAUCAAAUUACCUGAAUGUGCUAAUUAACAGCCAAUGGAAAUCUCGCUACUGCUGCAUAAAGGACGGACAGCUGUAUUUUUAUCAGGAUAGGAACAAAAGCAAAUCUGCUGCCCAGCCUGUGUGUUUGAUGGGUUGUGAGAUCGUUCCUCAGCCUAUAACGGAGCACCUGUACUCGUUCCGCAUCGUGCACGGUGGGGAGGAACUAGCAACCUUGGAGGCAAAGUCAUCGGAGGACAUGGGCCAUUGGCUUGGUCUUCUUUUGUCAGAGUCAGGCUCAAAAGCUGACCCAGAAGAAUUCAAUUACGAUUAUGUAGAUGCUGAUCGUGUUUCCUGCAUUGUCAGUGCAGCCAAGAAUUCCUAUUUAUUAAUGCAGAGGAAAUAUUCAGAACCUAACACCUAUAUUGACAACCCGCGUGGAGGAAAGUAUCAGCAGGAAGAUCUGUACGAUGAUGUUGACGUAUCUGACACAACUGAAGAUGAGCCCAAAACCGAAGUAAGAGAUAAUAUGUAUCUAGAUCUCCUUCCUGGCAAAUCAUUCCUGCAUUCUGUGGGGAUGAAAACCCUCUGUAAGUCGCUUACAUCCUCUCCUGUGCCCGAGAGAGCCAAUGUAAGGAAGGAAAAUGAGGGGAAAGAACAGCCAGCUGCUCCAGGAAAUGAGUAUGAACCUUCUAGCCUCAUAAAAGAAAUGACCAAACAGGCACAGACUGCAAAUGACGGCUCAACAGUACAGUCCACCCCUGAAAUCCAGACUCAGACGCUUGCUAUGUUACCCGCCAGUACUCAGCUGGGGAAAGGUAGCAAGGAAAAGACGGACAAACCGAAAGUGGCCACCACAGUUGCCAUAGAAACCAAACUCGGUAAGAAUCGAACAGAAGCAGAUGCCAAACGGUUCUCAGAAGAGAAGGAAAAGCGUGGAGAAAGAGAGGGAGGAGAUACGCUUACAACUUUCACAGCUCCGUAAAGAGAGAGAGAGCUGAAGGAAGCCAUUUGCUAA